GAACAUUGCUACCUCAAAUACCAGAAGAUCCCCCUUCCAGCAGUACUUCAGCAGUCUUUUCUCGCAUAGGUAGCUGCGCAGCCUUUCGGCACAAGCAUUUGCAGGCCUUUGGUCUGUGAUGCUCCGCGGAAUAUGUUACUUCCCAAGCUUAGAAGUGCUUGCCAACCCGGCAUGUCCUUCUGGAUGCAACGAAGGCAUUUCUUUCCUGUCCGAUCUAUGAUGGGCAAGUCGUCUGAUGCUCGAUAUUGGGCCCUGGUGGGAGUGUCCAGCUUCUCCUACGCUGGCGCCUGGUCCGGAUUUCGUCCAUCUACGGUAUGGCCCUGAUGUGCCUGGACUUCCACAUACACGCGUUCUAUGGAUCGGUGCCUGCUACUUCUUCUUUUAUCACACGCAAGCCUUUGGGCAUGGCUACUACCAGAGGCUUCGAGCCCAAGUCACCUCCUCCUCAGUACACCAGCGCUUGCAGAAUGAGCUGCAGCUGAGCGGCGUUGUUGCGGCGCUGAUGACGACAGCCGCCUUCUCCUCGUUUCGGCAGCCGCCCGUUGCGCCGCAGAAUAUCCCGAGGUUGCCACAGCUCUGUGGCUGUUUCAUGGGCCUGGGCAUGACUCUGAACUUCUUUGCCCUCAUCGUGGCGCUGCACAUGCAGAUGAAGCUCAAUGAAUACGAGGACGGCGCUGAGUUCCUGCGGAUGCAUGAGACGGUGCUGCCUCUGCACAAGCGUUUGCUCUUCGCCGGGGGCCUGGCGCUGUGUCUGGGCAAAGUGGCGCUCAGCUUCGCGCUGUACAAGGCCCCUGCGGCGCUGCUCACGGCGGCGUCCCUCACCUCAGGUCCAAGCCCUUCCAGGAGCGAUUCCCGAAGGUGUUACCGUGAGGGCCGUCACGCAUGAUUUACAACCCAUUUGGAGUGGAGUAAGGUCUCACUACUUUCGCGCUCGAAUUGGGGAGUGGGG